AUGGCUUGUUACUCUGGUGCAAAUUAUUCAAUCGCCUUUAAUGGAAGCUUGAUUGGGUAUUUUAAGGGUGCUAAGGGACUUAGACAAGGUAACCCUCUUUCUCCAAUCUCGUUUGUCAUGGUUAUGAAUAUCUUAUCCAAAUUACUCAAUAAUGUUGCUGCAAAAGGGAUCUUCAGCUUCCAUCCUAAAUGCAAGAAAAUAUGUCUUAUUCACUUAACUUUUGUUGAUGACUUACUAAUUUUCUACAAAGGUAAUCUGGAAUCUGUCAUUCUCAAGCUUAAUGCUGCUAAAUGUGAUAUCUUUAUUGCUGGUAUUUCUGUUCAAUCCCUUGAUAAUAUUAUUAAUACUUCUGGUUUUAAGCAUGGAACAUUACAUGUUAGAUACUUGGGGAUCCCUCUUGUCACAAGAAAACUUACUGUUAAAGACUGUCAGCCUCUCAUAGACAAGAUCAAGUUCAAACUUCAUCAAUGGCAACUUAUUUUGCCUCAAUCCAUCAUCAACAAGAUUAAGAAAAUUUGUUCGAGAUACUUCUGGAAAGGUUCAAACAUUCCAGCUGUUGGAGCAAGAGUGAGCUGGGACAGAAUUUGCAAACCUAAGUCUGAAGGUGGACUUGGUCUCAAUGACAUCAAGUCUUGGAACAAAACAUGUAUGAUACUUCUCAUUAAGAAUUUACUUGCAGUGGAGAGUUCACUAUGGGUUGCUUGGAUUCACAGAGCAACGACUACAAAUGAAUUUUGGGAAGAGGUUCGACUGAAAGGUAGUAAAGUCCAUUGGCAAAAAUCUGAUUUGGUAUUCACUCCACAUUCCCAGUCACAACUUGAUUUCAUGGAUGCACGGGAAACCAAAGAUCACAUAUUUGCUGAAUGUAAGAUGGUUGCUUCAAUCUGGAAUUCAAUUCUUCAGCUUACUGGUAUACAUAAACCUCCUUUCACUUGGACUAAUUUACUAGUCUGGGCAUACAACACAUGGAAAGGAAAAUCACUGCUUACUAGUAUCCUGAAACUUUCUUGA